AUGAGUCCCGCGCGGCUUACUGAGUACAUCUCCGCGGGCAGAGCCGCAGGAGGAGGCGCCCAGCCCCCGUCUCCGCGCAGCGGCAUGGCGCUGGGCUACCUGCCCACGGGGGUGACCAGGUGAGCGCAGAGCGGGCGCGGGGAGGUGGGUUCGCGGAAACUACGCUCCUUGAAGCGGAGGGGCAGAAGCGGCAAGUUGGCCCCCUUGAACUUGGCGGGGUUACUCCGGAGUAGACGUCGACAGGGCUGCGCUGUGAUCUGUUCUCGUUUAUUAUUUUUAAACUGCCCUCCCCACCCUCUCCAAAUUGAAAUCAAGAGUUCAUCAAAUUGUGUAGGCAAUACUGUUGGUCCAUGGGGAGAGGGAAUUUUUUUUUUUUAAUGCAGUAGAAUUUAGAAGUGCAAGGACAGCUAAUAAAUAAACCUAAUAAAGGUUUGGUGCUAAGGUACCCUUUUUCAAGUUAGCUGAUUUUAAUAUACUAUUUCAACUGGAACAGUUCUGCAACUUGUACUUUCAUCUAUUUCACAAUUAAUCAAAAUCCUCCCAUUUAUUAAUUUCUAGGGUUUAGAGGGGUCUCCCCCAAAUCUAUAACAAUCCCCAGAUGUUGAUUUUAGUGUCUUGUUGCUCAAAAGCAGGCAGCCAACGGUGUUUUGGGGCUAUUCAGAAAAAGUGUGCCAAACUUCACCUGGUGUUUCAAUAAUAGAAUUGUCUUCUUCUUCUUCUUUGGUGAUCACUCGUAGCCGAGUAAGAUUGUCUUCCAUAAACACGGUUUUAACAAUGAGUCCAUAAGUGACUGUGGAGGCCAAUUCUGGAUCCAACGUCCCUCCACAGUGUGGACAUUGGUUUCCGGGCAGGAGCUGAUCACGGUGUGGAUUUGCCAAGCGUGCCUUCCUCCUAGCACAUUUCUCAUUGCAUCCUGAGUUCAAAUGUCUUCAAAGCCCAUGACACCUUUGGUAAAGGCUGUUCUCCAACUGGAGCGCUCGCAGGCCAGUGUUUCCCAGUUGUCAGUGUUUAUACUACAUUUUUUUAGAUUUGCCUUGCGACAGUCUUUAAACCUCUUUUGUUGACCACCAGCAUUAUGCUUUCCAUGUGUUGGAAGGGACCACAAGGCUAAUCUUGUCCAACUUCCUGCAAUGCAGAAAUCUUUUACUCAAUGUGGGGCUCAAACCUGCAACUCUAAGAUUAGCAGCCUUUUGCUCUACUGAGUUGGCUGUUGUUUUGGUGGUUGUUUUCCUGUUUUCCUCUUUUUUAAAAAAAAGUGACGCAGAGAGUAUAGCAAACUUAAGCUACCUGCUUCAGAGAUUUUGGCAGCCUUCCUGAAAGCUGGUAAAUGAAUGGUAACUUACCCAAUUAGCCUGAUGACAUAUGGGUCUGGCCUGAUAAGGCAGAAGAAGCAAGAGACCCACAAGGAGGCCUGUAAGAUCUUGCUCCCAUAGUUAAGACUUGGGCAUUUAUGUAAUGCUUUACUGAAAUACGGUAAUUGCACCAAGUGAUGUUACUCAAAUAAGUGUCUUGCAAGUAGGUGAGAGUUGUAACAGGAUCGGGACUGGAGUCACGAAUGUAACAUGUGAAUGCUUCUGGUCAAACCUUUCAAAUUCUCCAUCAGAAGACACAGUAGCGUGAUGCCACCACAGAUCUUUACUACAAGCCGUGAGUUGGCAUCUUGGAUAAUUUCACAUCUUUGAAACCGGUGGGUUUGGAUGGAUGGGGUUGCCUCUGAAGCUAAGUGACGUGGGCAUUACAAGAUGAAAACUACACAGGAACCCACAGACUUUUCAAAACGGCUUUGGCUUAUUCUGUAGUUGUCCAGCUGGUGUUUUGUGACAUACCAAACUCUGCUUGAGACUCCAUCCAUGCAUAUCUCCUGCCCAGAGCACCAUGCAGACGGUGCUGUUCCUGUGCUCACAGCUCAGUGCUCUGCAACUGGCAGGGCAGAACUGAGUUAAGUACUUAUUUAGGACUUUCCGGGAAGGCUGUGUUUGCUCUCACACCAGAGAAUACAGUGGGUCUUUCAGUGUGAUUAUUUUUAGUCGUGAGAUAGGUGGCAAGUUCUGGGUUUGUUUGGCUAAUGCACAACCACAGAGACCUUUGGCUUCAAUAAUUCCUUUUAUGGCAGCGGGAUGUUUUUAUAGCUUUGACGUUUGUGCAGCUUUACAGGGCUAGUUAUAGCAAAAAGGUUAGAGGAAACGAAAUUGUCUCGGCUGCUUUUCUGUUGGUAAGGUGUCAACAACAUGCUGCGAGAACCCUUCCUCCCAGUGUCUUAGGAACCAAACUGUACCUUAUGCAAUUGUAUGCAAGGAAAUUUUUCACAGCCUGCUUUCUUUUUCCUUUUUUUCCUUUUUUUCCUUUUUUUUUUUGCUAAGCCUCAGAUUUGGGAGUGAAUAAUGCACAUGAUUCUCAGUGGCGGAAUAGGGAGAGCAGAAUGACAUUCCCCUUGUUCUGCUUUUCUUCUGCUCUUCCCCUAUUGCACACCCUCAGAAGCAUGGAAUCUUGCAGGCAAGGGCUGGAAGUUGUCUUGGAUUGGGAAAUGGGUUGAAGCGUCCCUCCCCUUGUGUAUAAUACGUAAUUUGGACCUUAGCCCAUAGCUCAGAUUGGUUAUACUGAAGUUGCUUUGCAGAAAGAAGUCUGAAAAAUCCUAAGAACAAUUCAAGUCUUCUUACAAAGGUAUCUACGUUACAGAAGACUUCGGCUUAUCUUGGGUUAAUCUGAUUUACUUUAUGUUAAUGUUUACUAGCUGCUAUUUUUUAAAAUGCCAGCAGAGAUGUAUAAGCAGGCUGACAAGGUGUGAUGAAACAAACCUUCCCUUUGGAACCUGGGGCAAUGUGCCUUCGUUCUCUUUAAUGCGAAGGCCUUAUUCUUUAAUGCUUUUCAACGAUGGUAUGGAGUAUCCGUAUGCACAAUGUUAAGAUGUGUUAAAUUUAAAUCCUCAACCUUUUGUUUGUGGCAGAAGUAUGAUGACGCAGCUGGAUAUGGAUUUUAAAGAAGAACAGUCCCUAAAAGAGGAUUUAAAGUUCUACUUCAUGAAUCCGUGUGAUAAAUAUCGAGCUAGACGUCAGAUACCAUGGAAACUGGGACUUCAGAUUUUGAAGAUAGUUUUGGUUACUACCCAGGUAACUUUAAAAAAUUUACUUGCACGGAAUCGGAUAUUGUUUCUUCAUGCCUAAUGAAUAAGUAAAUGAACAGUCCUAUCGGUGACUCCAGGUUGCUAAUGUUUCUUUUGGAUGGUAUUCAGCUUAAGAUCAUGAUAAUUUGUCUGUUUAUGCAUGUUUUCCCUUCUUCCUUUAACUUCACUCUGCUGGAACUUUAGCCUUAGUUCCUGAUAGUUCCUUGUGCUUUAUGCCUGAAAGGUAUUCCACAUACAGGGAUGGGCUUCCACAUUUGGGGGACCUCCGGCCUUGCACCUCCCUUAUUAUUGGAGUAACCUGUGUGUUGGAUGCUGGGUAAGAAUAAGCUGCUAGAUGUUGCGAAGGAUUGUCUUGAUAGCCUUGCCUUGAAAUGUACGGAUGGCGAGCAGUGCCAUGUGCUUGACAGCACGGGAGUGGCUCAGCACAGAAUCAACCCAAGAUAGAGCUAUGCUAGUUUCCUAGAAGGCUCUGCACACUUUUGUAAACAUGUGGGGUCAACAGAAUUGCAGCUGUUAUGUACUGAGUUGAAUAGGACCCAAAAUGCAGCAGUCUGAUUGGUCCUAGAACAAUAGGAUUCAGAAUGCAGCAGUCUGAUUGGUCCUAGAACAAUAGGAUCUAGAAUGCAGCAGUCUGAUUGGUCCACAGGAGCCACCCAAUCCAGCUCCACGUGGAAGUGAAUCCACAACCUGAUUGGCCUACAGGAGAAUCCCAGAAUUAGCCAAUCACAUGGGGCCCAUUGUGUAAAUAAUGUAUAUAAAGCAGACAUUCUGGGGGAACUUCCAUUCCUCCUCACCACUAUGAGCUGAAUAAAGAGCAUGAAAUCCACUCUCGACUCCGAGUAUUUUUCAAUUGGGGAGUUUAGAACAGAAUUGGAGUACUGCUGCUGCACUCAUGCCCUGUUUUCAGCAGCCAUGGAGAAUGUCUCGAAAACGCCAGUGAGGAAUUUGCAACAAGCCCCCCCCCCUCCUCCUCCUCCUCCUUCUUCUUCUUCUUCUUCUUCUUCUUCCUCCUCCUCCUCCUCCCAUUAGGGAAGCAGAGCUCAUGUAUCCUACAAAUACCCCUUUCUCCCCUUGUAGCUUCUCAUUGUGUUUCUCUGUGCACCUCCCCCCCACUUGAGUGUAUUUAUUGUCCUGGCACUUUCUCGGGGACAUCAAACUUUUACAAAAGGCAAGAGGGUUCAGAAGUUUGUGCAAAGUAUUUAUGUGAAUAUACAAGUGCCGAGUUUUGAAGUUAAAGGGUCAUAGGAGCAGUUUGUCUAAGAACGUGCUGAGUUUUAGUCUUGGACCAGUUUUGAGGGAAGCGUUCUGUACAGUGCUGACGUAUCACUACAGUAAUAAAAUAUUUCCCUUUUCCCUUCAUGCUGGAUUGCAGUAUGCUGCUAUGUAAGUAUGAAGGAUGAAGUUUAUACCGUACUUUGUGUUUCUCCACCUGGGGUCACUUUCUUGCAGCCUCGGUAGCUUUGUAUAGUGGUACCUCGGGUUAAGAACUUAAUUCGUUCUGGAGGUCUGUUCUUAACCUGAAACUGUUCUUAACCUGAAGCACCACUUUAGCUAAUGGGGCCUCCUGCUGCCGCCGCGCCGCCGGAGCUCGAUUUCUGUUCUCAUCCUGAGGCAAAGUUCUUAACCUGAAGCACUAUUUCUGGGUUUAGCGGAGUCUGUAACCUGAAGCGUAUGUAACCCGAGGUACCACUGUAUUGCAAAAAGUGUUUUUUAAUCUUUUGUGGUCAAGUGAAUUGAUUGCCCUGGUUUAGCAUGUGCUGCUUGGAAUUAUAAACCUAGAACUAUAAAAUGAAUGCACAUUCAGGCCUCCUCUUAGACUUAAAAAAAUUAAUAAAUAUUCUGUCUACUUGUCAGUUCUUGAAUGAUGUAAAAUCCAUGGACCAUGGAGGCAUUAUGCUUCUGAAUGCUAGUUACAGGAGGGGAGAGUGCUCUUGUGUGCAAGUCCUUCUUGCCAGUUUCGCACAGGCUGUCACUGUGCAAACAGGAUACAGGAUUAGAUGGGCCAUUGGCGUGAUCCAUCAGGCUCUUAUGUUCUCAAAUGCAUUGUGAUAAUUUAAAAGCAAUGCUACUAUAAACAACUAUAACAAGUCUGCUUCUUGUGGGAUGUUCCGGUUUUUAUUGCUUGCUACUGUCAGAAGAGGGACGCAGGUGGCGCUGUGGGUUAAACCACAGAGCCUAGGACUUGCCGAUCAGAAGGCUGGCGGUUCGAAUCCCCAUGACGGGGUGAGCUCCCAUUGCUCAGUCCCUGCUCCUGCCAACCUAGCAGUUCGAAGGCACGUCAAAGUGCAAGUAGAUAAAUAGGUACCGCUCCGGUGGGAAGGUAAACGGUGUUUCCGUGCACUGCUCUGGUUCGCCAGAAGCAGCUUAUUCAUGCUGGCCACAUGACCCGGAAGCUGUACGCCAGCUCCCUCGGCCAAUAAAGUGAGAUGAGCGCCACAACCCCAGAGUUGGUCACGACUGGACCUGAUGGUCAGGGGUCCCUUUACCUUUACCUCUUUACUGUCAGAAAAUUGGUGGCGAUUUGAAGAUGGAAGAGAGGGGGAGAUAGAAAGAGAUUAUUAGAAGCUGCUGUGCAAACCUGAGUUAAUUUAGCUUGUGUUGGCCAUUGCGAAGAGCAGAAGUAGAACCAGUUCAACUCCCCAGCUGCUUUGCCCCAUGGUAGAGAUGGAUUCUCCCAAGUGCUUGGUUUAUCUAUUUAAGCUCUACAUAGAUAUUUAAGAUCGCUGGGAGUAUUCAUCGGAUUCUUAAGCCUACAUGACUACAUUCAGAAUUAUUGAAGACUUAGUUAUGGAAAAGCCUCUCCAGAUUCACAAAACUUCCUCCCUGCUACUCUGAAGAUGUUCACUUCUCGCUGGUCAUGAAACAUCAAAGAGAUGUCAACCAAGCAUCUUUUUACCCUUACGAAAACUUUAAAAGGCCAGCAACUUUAAAUGCCUAAAGUGGUUUAAAAAACCACGUAUUUCAUUUAAUACGCGACACUGUGUGUACUCCUUAUGUUCCUUCAGAUCAUUUGUAGAUGAUUCGGGGGGGGGGGAGCCAUAGCUCAUGGUUUAUGUUCAUUAGAAUCCAAGUACUGUAUUUUUCGCUCCAUAAGAUGCACUUUUUUCCUCCUAAAAAGUAAGGGGAAAUGUCUGUGCGUCUUAUGGAGCGAAUGCGUGGUCCCUGGAGCUGAAUUGCCCAGAGGCAAAAGGCAGAUCGUGCCUCUUUUUUUUAGAAAGAGGGAAGCGGGUGUUGAAACAAAACCGCUGAGCAGCUGAUUGGCAAGCGAUCGGGAGGGAUAAGGGACUCUAGAGAUAAAGGAGGCAGCCUGGGAGGGGGGAGGUAAAAGCACAUAGAUCCUCAGGAUUUUUGCACUGAGUCACCCCAAAUUCACCAUCAGAUCACAUAGCAUGCCCAUGGCUACAGCCUGCAUCAAAAAAUCACGCAUCCAUUGUUUCGUGGGGCCACAAUGGCACAGAUCCACAUGGAUUCUCAGGAUUUUUGCAUUGGGCUACCCCAAACUCACCAUCAAAUCACAUAUCAUGUCUGUGGCCACAGCAUGAACCACAAAAAUCAGACACCCACUGUUUCGUUCAGAUUUUUUUUUUCUUGUUUUCCUCCUCUAAAAACUAUGUGUGUCUUAUGGUCAGGUGUGUCUUAUGGAGCGAAAAAUACGGUACAUUCCCCUGCUUUUCCAGUUUAAAAGAUCUUUGACAGUCAUGCUAGACAUGGCCUCUACCUGGAACUUUGUGGAGUGCUAAUUGGAUUUGUGUGCAUGAGGGGAGAAAGGGAAGCAUUUACAGUCACUAACGGUAAAGACUUUACAGUAAGGUAAAUACAGUUCUUCAUAAAGCGGCACCCAAUCUCUAACAAAAUCUUGACAUUUUUCAUGCCAUAGCAAAUAAUACAGCAACUUAAGAUGAGACGCAACAUUUUGUUUUACAAUAUAUUAUAAUGGGGAUUGAGGUCAAGAAAUGAACGACCUGAUCAUAUAAUUCCCUCUGCGUUUCCAGUCACCAGAUUGAUCGUGGUCAAAUUCCUAAACAAUGUGCCACAAUCCAAGCUUGCUGAACUAUAGUUUCUCUCAGUGGCAGAACAAUAGUUUAGCUGUAAAACAAUUGCAUGUUUUCCCUUUCACAUGUUUACCUUGUGUUCUGAUCACAUCAGGGUUCUUAAGUGGGGAAUCCUUGUUUUUACAAAGUCUGCUUACUCCCCAGGCUCUUAAAUCAGGAGCAAAUUAGUUUAAUAUCCUGGCUAGUAUAUGCAGGACUGAAUUGUUGAUGUUGGUACAUGAAAUGAAGCAGCAACUUUCAGGCCUCAUGUUUGCUCCCACAUUACUGAAUCAUGUUUUAGUGAGCCAGGGUUUGUGUUACGUAUGACAGAAUCUACCUCUUUCUUUCUUUCUUUUUUCAUUUAUGUAAAGCUCGUCCUUUUUGGUCUGAGCAACCAGUUGGUGGUUUCUUUCAAAGAGGAGAACACUAUGGCUUUCAAGCACCUGUUUCUGAGAAACUACUCUGGCAUUGAUGAGGAUGACUACAGCUGCAGUGUGUACACACAGCAAGAUGCUUACGAUAGCAUACAUUUUGUGGUCGACCAGGUAAGCAUCCGUCUUAUGGCAUCCACACACAGAGUUUAACAUCAUAGUUCACAUUGCUUUAGAUGUGCCAGUUUCUGGGUUGUAGCAACAACCACUUUCAAACCCAUAUUCACCAGCGACUCGUUCCAGAUGUGAACAGGUACUCUUAGCAUAUCACUUGAAAAUACGGUUUUGCAAUUACGGGUUUGCAGCCUUUCCGAAGAAGUGUUUUCGUUUUGUGUGUUUGCUUCUCAACUAGUACCGGCAACUGAAGAAUAUAUCCCUGGGCACCCUUGGUUAUGAGCAAGAUGAAGAUGACUUGCGAGGCUUAAAGAUUUGUAAAGAAGAGUAUAAGAAAGGCACAGUACUUUCCUCCAAUGAUACCUUGCACAUAGACAGCACAGUUGAGGAAGGUACGGUGCUAAUGUUUUUUUUUUCCUCUGGGAGAAAAUCGGUCUAACUUCAUUAACGAAGGAGGAAUUGAAUCCCAUUAUAUCUCCUGUUUUUAUACAGGUUUUGUACUCUUUAUGUACAGUUUAGCUGCCAAUGCUUUUAAAAAAACAGGUGUAUGAAGGUGUAGAAUCUUCAAGGCUUCCCAUUACAUCAGGGAAUACAUUUUAUACUUUGAGGCUGUUUACAAGUGCUUUUAUCAUGUUGUUAUUUCUUGCGAAUGCUCCUAUCUGUUAAAAAAUAUGCAGCUGUGGCAUCUCUCUGCCACAAGUCUUCCAUUCCUUGAUGUGAUUACAGCACACUACAAUUUAGCAACCUGUAGAGAAGUUCCAGGUAUUCCUGUGAAUUUGCUUUUGCUUUCUUGUUUAGUCGUGUCCGACUCUUCGUGACCCCAUGGACCAGAGCACGCCAGGCACUCCUGUCUUCCACUGCCUUCCGCAGUUUGGUCAAAUUCAUGCUGGUAGCUUUGAGAACACUAUCCAGCCAUCUCGUCCUCUGUCGUCCCCUUCUCCUUGUGCCCUCAAUCUUUCCCAACAUCAGGGUCUUUUCCAGGGAGUCUUCUCUUCUCAUAAGGUGGCCAAAGUAUUGGAGUCUCAGCUUCAGGAUCUGUCCUUCCAGUGAGCACUCAGGGCUGAUUUCCUUAAGAAUGGAAAGGUUUGAUCUUCUUGCAGUCCAUGGGACUCUCAAGAGUCUCCAGCACCAUAGGUUUCUUUCUUUGGGGUUUAUAUUUGAACACAUGCACUAAAAGUUGCAUCUGUGUCUUGAUGGAGGUGCCAGUAUAAAAUCAAGAGCUACAGUAUACUUCUGUGAGCCCAUGCAUAUGACCGUUCUGCCCCCAAUGUAUAUUAAAACUCCUUACCAUUGUGGCACACUAAUACAGAUGAACAAAUUCUUGGAGCAGUUUCACUGUCUGCAUGGACUCGCUUUAUAUAGAGACAGAGCCUAUUGUUCCUCAUUGCUAAUUUGGUGGGAAUUAGACAUGCAUAGGCUAUGGGCUGCAUGGAUAGAGAAGUAGCGUGCUAUUUACAUGCAGAAGAUGACACAGACUGUUUUUGAGAUUUGCCAUUGCAUGGCGUUGCAAGGUGGGGUUAAACCCUGGGGUCAAAAAGGUUGCUGUUUUGCUGCAUAAUCCUCCAUAGUCUUAAUAGUCCUAAAAUGAAUUACUCCCAAGUAGAUGUCUCUAGGAUCACAGUUCUAGGUUCCUUGUGGUACAAUUAGAAAUGCAUUUAUGUCUUUUGGAUUUUCCUUUCACUUCCAGAAUGCAUUGUUAUGAAACCACACGACGAAACGGGCCACUUUAAGAAUUCGUCUUUUUUCAACUUUGAGUUUUAUAGGUAAAGUGCGGUUUGGGGACACCAGUUUUAUUUGUGUUUCUAAAGAAGCGGGGGGAACCUAACAUAAUACAGUAUCUUCUUGCACCCAGGCUGAUACAAGUGAUAAUUUCAUUCAAACUGAAAGGCAUUGAUCUACAAACCAUCCAUUCUCGUGAACUGCCUGACUGCUAUGAGUUUGAAAAUACUGUAAGUGCUGUUCUUGUUAUUAUACACAUAGACAAUGGGAUCCUGUCUCUUAAAUUACUUACGAUGGGCUUCAGUUCCUUUUCAGUUCCAUAGGCUCCCCGCCCCCACCUUCAAAAGUACAUAGAGCUGAAGGAGGAAGUUGGUAGAGUGGCAGUAUUCUACACUUCCUCUUUAGCUCCAGGUUUGGAUCAGCAAAGAGUGGCCAAGAGGACAGGAGCAUAGCUGUGAACUUUUCCCUUUUUUAAAGGGAAUUUCCCUUAUUCCGAAUAGGAUUCCUCUCAAGAAAAGGGAAAAGUUGACAGCUAUGGACAGGAGGUAAAGGGGAGCAAUAUGGGACACUGAAAAAGGAGAUGGGUGGGUAGGAAUUUGAAUUCCAGAAGAAUCAGGGUGGGGCGAGGGAAAGAAAGAACAUGCACACACUGGAUCCAAUGAAACAUUUGUAACAUAAAGUGCAUAAUUCCCCCUCCUCACACAUUUCCCUUAGCCACUGUCAAAUCACAGGUUGCAAUUGUUUCCAUUGACAGAACAGUAAAAAUCACUGAUAUUUACACCAACCUUGUGAUAUAAUAUUGGAUGAGAACACUUCUACCCAUUUCUUGUUGUAAAUAUUGUCGCAUUCAGUUUUAGUCCUUAUUCCAAAUGCAUAUUUGCCGUAAUUGGGCACAGAGUGUCUGAAAGGUUCUGUCUGUAUUUUUCUAUUACACCUGUUAAGAAAUGAACAACUUUUAGCUUUAUUGCCAGCAUCCUCUGUUUUCGAAAGGGACCCUAUUAGACAUGUACCAAAAAAAAAUAUGUAAAAAAUUAUUUUGUAAUGUCACUUCAAAAAAAUAGCACAUGUGGUGUUUUCCAGCGCUGCCAAAGAGAGUGUGUGUGUGUGUGUGUGUGUGUGUGUGUGUGUGUGUGUAAUGUGUAUGUAUGAAUGAAUGAAUGACAUGGAUCCUUACAGAUCACCAUUCUAUUUACAAGGGUUGCCAUCAAAUUUAUAGAUUACGUGUCCACAGAUGUGUUCUGUGCCUUGUUGUUACCCACAUGGAUCCUCAAUUUUUUUCUUUUUACAUAGUAUAUGUGCCUUGGAUCGGUGCUUAUGUGCCAUUGGCAAGCAUUGGAUGUGCGAUUAAAAAAAAAUAAUUAGUGCGCAGUCUUUAAAUUGGAUGGUGGUUCUUUGGAGACACCAUGUGAAAUCAUGUUUGUUUAAAAAGAUCCCAGUUCAAUUCUUACUUCUAUCCAAACCCCUUGGGAAAGCAGUGUGUGUGUGUGUGUGUGUGUGUGUGUGUUACACGUAUGCUCUGCCUUGUUUGGUGGACAGGAGGUCUAACCUAGCAUCCAAUUUAUAGUUCCCAAUCUGCAGGGUAUUAAUGGCUGGUUCUGUCUUCUGGCCACAGUAGGUUUGAGACGACAUGAUUGUCAGGCCUUUGGAAGGUGCAUGUCUGUCUGUGUGUUUGCCCACAAAGUAUAUUGAUUUUAAAAUUUUCAGAUGUGUAAAAGUUGAUACAUGUGAGCAGGGCCUUUUUUUCCAGAAGUGCCGUUCCGACACAUCUCAUGUGGGCACCAUUGCCCUUCUAAGAGAACAAGGGAGAAGUUCAUGGUGAGCUCUGGCACCUCUUUUUCUGGGAAAAAAAAAAGCACUGUGUGUGAGUAAUGCACACCGAUGUUGUAUUGCUUCAAGCAAGUAAAUUAAAAACAACAACAUUUAUCUCAACAGAUUACUUUUAACAAUAAAGCCCACAGUGGUAAAAUGAAAAUAUUUUUUGAUACGGAUGCUGAUAUUGAAGAAUGUAAAGACUGGAACAUAACUGGCUCUCGUAAGUAUCUCUGUGUGAGAGAACUAUAUCCAUGUUCGAAGAUGAACACAAAGAAGCCUGGGAUUUUCGUGUGUGUCUCGCUGAUGAGUUGGCGAAGGGGCUGGUGGCACUGUGGCAAUUUGCAGAGCUAACUUUCUUGCAAGUAGCAGUUUUUACACAGGGACAGGCUUGUUCAGCGACAUUGUGAUGCAGCUAGCAAAGGUGAUCCUGUUAGCCUGUCUGUGCCAGUGGGGCAUAUGGAGUUAGUUUGCUAUGCAAGUAUGCUCUCAAACACUGUAUUAGCCCAGCAAUGGUGGGCUAAUCCUAACUAAUUUUGUAGCAAAAUUGGUUUAACUGUUCCGAAAGCAAAAUGCACCACCUCUUACCUGGACAGCAGAUCAUAAUUACUAUUUUUUACCUUUAAAACUAUGUGAAAUUAAAAAAAGCUGGUGGUGGUAGAGCGACCUGUUUAAAAUUCUGGGUCUGUAAUGGGAAUAUACUCUGCAGAGGCUUAGUCCUUGCUGGGUCUACAAACUUAAGCUUGCUCUGAUACCUCUGUCUUAUGCUUUUGGCUACAGAAGCAUCAGCCCUGACCAUCUGAAAUUGAGGUAGUGCAGUAGAGGGGGAGGCGUUAAAAGAAUAUUUUGUUUGGAUGCAGGUUGCAAACAGGGUGGAUCAUGAUUUAAAUCACUAGUCAGUAAGACUUGAUUUAAAUCACUUGCAGAAAGACUUAUUCUUGCUGGUAUAAUCUUAAUAUUUACAACCAGGUGAAGGUUUCAUUUUUAGAAUAAUAAAUUUUCAGAGUAGUUUUUACAGUUAUAUAAAAAAUUACUGAUUUGGUUAUACUAUUAGAAAUACAUAGACAGAUAAUUAUGAAAUUAUUGUGCGGUUUAAUAAGUUAACUGUUUAUAUUUGGACAACUUUUCUGUUGUACAGUGGUACCUCGGGUUGCAGACGCUUCAGGUUGUUUGUUUUCAGGUUGCGCACCGUGCCGAACCCGGAACUACCUGAACAGGUUACUUCUGGGUUUCGGCGCUCACGCAUGCACAGAAAAGCUAAAUCGCGCUUUGUGAAUGCGCAGAAGCGCCAAAUUGCGACCUGCACAUGCGCAGACGGGCGCUGCAGGUUGCUGACCUUGCGGCUUGCCAAUGUGCCUCCUGCAUGGAUCACGUUCACGACCUGAGGUUCCACUGUACUAUAUUGGAAGGGGAAAAUCAAUAAUUUCCUUAAUAACAAUUUUAACAAUUUGUUUAACUAAAACAAUAACAUUGUGGCAUAUGUAUCCAUGUUUGUUAACUGAUGUGGUUAAACAAUUUUUUUAAAAAAAAACUUACAGAGUUUUAGCACACAUGAAAAACAAUUCUUAUUUCCUGAUAAAUAGUUUUUGAACUACAGUCAUACCUCGAGUUGAAUGUGCUUCGGGUUGAGCGCGUUCAAGUUGCGCUCUGUGGCAACCCGGAAAUAUUGGAGUGCGUUACUUCCGGGGUUCGCCGCUCGCUCAUGCGCAGACGUUCAAAAUGACAUCAUGUGCAUGUGCGGAAGCGGCGAAACGCGACCCGUGCACGUGCAGAUGUGCCGUCGCAUCUUGUGUUCCAUUCGGGAUACGAACGGGGCUCCGGAACGGAUCCCGUUCGCAUCCCGUGGUACCACUGUAUAAUGUAACUUAAAUAGAAAACUAUCUUUAGAAAGAUUUUCCCUCCAAAAGCAUUUUAUUUUAAAAACCCAAUUUAAAUUUUAAAAAAUCCGAUUUAAAUAAAAAAUCCUGAUUUUUUUUAAAAAAAUAAAUCAUUAAUUUUUAUCCACCCUUGUUGCAAAUCAAAGUGUAGCUAGAGUUGAAUACAAAUACUUUUGCUUUUUGGAAGAGGUGGUCUACCUACAGAUGUGCAAUAACUUUUUCCUGUUCAUUCUUUUGCUUCUCAGCCCUCUGUUUCAUUUAAGACUUACUGGAAGAAAAGGGAAUGUAAUUUAGACUUUCUCUCUAAAUUACUUGAGCACCCCUAUGCUGAUUAAAUUUUGCAUUUUUUUAAUCUCCUCUAAUAGUUCAGAAAAACACACAGUAUCUUUUGGUUUUUGAUGGGGCUGUCAUUGUCAUCUGCAUCGCUUCCCUUAUCCUCUGCACGCGAUCCAUCGUUCUUGCUCUGAAACUGCAAAAAGUAAGCAUACCUUUGUCUUUGUGGUAGAUGUGUGCUUGGCUUAAAAAACAACAACAAAAAACUAUCCUAAAACAGGAAGGAUGGGCUGAACCUACAAGAAAUAAAGUAAGAACAAUUUGUCUGGCAUUAUCUGCCUUGUAGCUUAGUCAGGAGUUCUCUAUGGUGGCUGUACUAUUGGCAAUUUUGGAUUUGUCUCUCAAGCAACAUGGAGGAUAAGGCUGUCAUCCAUUGUCAGAGGCACCAUACCUUUGAAUAAUAGUUGAUUAGAACAGAAUUGGUGUUAUGUACUGAGUUGAAUAGGAUCCAAAAUGCAGCAGUCUGAUUGGUCCUAGAACAAUAGGAUUCAGAAUGCAGCAGUCUGAUUGGUCCUCGAACAAUAGGAUCCAGAAUGCAGCAGUCUGGUCCUAGAACAAUAGGAUCUAGAAUGCAGCUGUCUGAUUGGUCCGCAGGAGCCAUCCAAUCCAGCUCCAGGUGGAAGUGAAUCUGCAACCUGAUUGGCCUACAGGAGAAUCCUGGAAUUAGCCAAUCACGUGGAGCCUAUUGUGUAAAUAAUGUAUAUACAGUGGUGCCUCGCAAGACGAAAAUAAUUCGUUCCACGAGUCUUUUCGUCUUGCGAUGUUUUUCGUCUUGCGAAGCACGGUCCGUCGCAACUGCGCCUCUUCAAGCGGCUUUAAGAAAAAAGCGCAAGACGUUUCGUCUUGCGAAGCAAGCCCAUAGGGAAAUUCGUCUAGCGAAGCAACGCAAAACCGAAAAACCCUUUCGUCUAGCGAGUUUUUCGUCUUGCGAGGCAUUCGUCUUGCGGGGCACCACUGUAAAGCAGACAUUCUGGGGGAACUUCCAUUCCUCCUCACCACUGUGAGCUGAAUAAAGAGCAUGAAAUCCACUCUCGACUCAGAGUAUAUUUCAACUGGGGAGUUUAGAACAGAAUUGGAGUACUGCUGCUGGACUCAUGCCCUGCUUCUGGGCUUAAGGAAUCUGGUUGGCCACUGUAAGAACAGUAUGCUAGACUAGACAACAAGACCAGUAAGGGGCCAUGUGCUGUGUAAAGGAAUUAUUGCCCACACAUUUAUGGCAAAUAUAAAAUUUAGUUAUCUUUCGCAAUCUUCUGGUGGCCAUCCAUAGUCGUGAAACAAAACCACUCUAUAAUUUAGUGCAAUACCUGUUAUAGUCACUUGGUGGACUCUAGUAACGUGAAGUAAAUAGGUUUUCUGCUCUGAAAGAGUGGGAGUUUUCUAAUCGUUCUUCUCAACGCUUAAAAACAGAGAUUUGUGAAUUUCUUCCUGGAGCGAUAUAAUCGCCACGUGUGCAACGCAGACCGCCUGGAGUUCUUAAACGGGUGGUACGUCCUGGUGAUUAUCAGUGAUGUGAUGACUAUCAUAGGCUCCAUCAUGAAAAUGGAAAUAAAAGCCAAGGUGAGCCUUAAAAAACCCCAAAAAACCAGUCACAAAUAUUUUGGCCUGUUCUCGAGCAGCUGCUGUGGGAAUCCUAAAUUGCCAAGCCAUGCUUUUGAGGUAUUGGAGGAAUCAACUGUGCAAAAUCUUGUUUUCCUUUGUUUUCUUCCAGAAUCUUACAAGCUAUGAUGUCUGCAGUAUUUUGCUUGGCACGUCUACUUUAUUCGUUUGGGUUGGAGUCAUUCGGUACUUAGGCUACUUCCAGACCUAUAAUGUAAGCACUAGAGUAAAAAAAUUCCGUAGUGGAGUUUUCCUUUCUUUUAAUGCGUGUGAGAACACCACCUUACUUCAGACAAGCAGGUCUGGGUCUGGUCAAUGUCUGGAUGGGAGACUACCUGGGAAAAACAUGUUUACAACCGUGGGUACAAUGAUGGAUUAGAUUCCGCCUUUCUUCCAAGAAAAGAAAGUAACACUCUCCUCUUUUCAUAGGUGCUCAUUUUAACAAUGCAAGCAUCGUUGCCCAAAGUGCUAAGGUUCUGUUGCUGUGCUGGGAUGAUAUACCUCGGAUAUACUUUUUGUGGCUGGAUCGUUUUAGGACCAUACCACGACAAGGUAUGUGGGUGUCUCAGUUUGUGUAACUGGGAUAAUGUAAAAACUACAUGUAAGCAAACACAGUGCUCUCCAGGUGUGGCUGAAGCACAGUUCUCAAAGCCCGCUAAAAAAAAUUAAGCUGUGCAUACUCUGGGACGUGGGUGGUGCUGUGGGUUAAACCACAGAGCCUAGGACUUGCCGAUCAGAAGGUUAGCGGUUCGAAUCCCCGCAACGGGGUGAGCUCCCGUUGCUUGGUCCCUCCUGCUGCCAACCUAGCAGUUUGAAAGCACGUCAAAGUGCAAGUAGAUAAAUACUAGGUACCGCUCCGGCAGGAAGGUAAACGGUGUUUCCGUGCGCCGCUCCGGUUCGCCAGAAGCGGCUUAGUCAAGCUGGCCACAUGACCCGGAAGCUGUACGCUGGCUCCCUCGGCCAAUAAAGCGAGAUGAGCGCCGCAACCCCAGAGUCGGCCAUGACUGGACCUAACGGUCAGGGGUCCCUUUACCUUUACUCUGCAUUCAAGAUACUUAUUUGUAUAUGCAUGCUUCACUCUGCAUUCUGAAUGAAGCGUGUAUGUCUUGGAGUCCAAAUAACUCGCAACACUUGGUUUUGUUAAGCAAACCUCUUUACUGGAAAAGAAAAUCGAAGGAAAUAACGAAGUUUGCUCAGGAAGGAACAGAAAACUACUAGGGCUUUUUGUCUGUGGCUCACCCUCAGGUUUCUCACAAGAGGGCAGUCUUGUAUCACAGUUGCCCAUUGACUGUGAACAUGAUCUCUUCACUGAAAGAAGACCGGUCUUGGUAGUUGGGUCAGAAGUUCAAGCGUUUUCAUCCUCUUCUUUGGUCCAAAAUACCUUCAAACAGCAGUUUAAAUUUGAUCUUGCUGAAAUUGCUGACAGAAAAGACGCAUUGUUCUUUAUAAGACUUUGCACGUGCAUUAUGCAGAGUCCUAGCACUAUUUUCUAACUCAGUAGGCGGUUUCUGAACAAAGAUUUUAUUUUUUACACCGUUUAUAUGAUGGCAUUUGGCUUUUCAGUUCAGACUUAAGAGGUAUGAAUGAUAUUUAGGCCUGUGCACGUCAAUUUAUAGUGGUUUUAAAGAAAGAUUUUAUAAAGCGAGCCUUUGAUUCUUUCAAGUGCAGUUGUCUCUAAUGCCAGUUUUUCAUGCAUUCUAGUUUGAAGACCUGAACACGGUAGCCGAGUGUCUGUUUUCUUUGGUCAACGGCGAUGACAUGUUCGCGACAUUUGCUCAAAUCCAGCAAAAGAGUACUUUGGUGUGGCUCUUCAGCCGACUCUACUUGUUUUCCUUCAUUAGCCUCUUCAUAUACAUGAUCCUCAGCCUUUUCAUUGCCCUUAUUACGGAUGCAUAUGAUACAAUAAAGGUAAAUUUGUUGAGUCUGUGUUUAUCAAGAGAGAUGAGCUAUAGCUCAAAAAGUAACAAGAAGUUCCCAGAUGGUGAGCUGGACUUCAAUAACGUUUACUAACUUUUGUUGUUGCUCCUUAAAAGUAUGUAACUGUGUAGACUGGGUGGGUAGAGUUUGUUAAAAGGGGCAUGAAAAUUGGCUUCCUCUCAAUUUCACUCACUUGCCCUGGCAUGCACCAUAUGUGACGGUGAUGGAACCUUCCAAUCUCUGUCUGUAGUAAGUUGCAAAACUAAGGUUUCUCUAUUUUUGGGAAUGCUAAUGUUCCAUUUUAUUAAGCUAUUUGACAGCUAUUUCUCCACAUAGAAUAUGAAACUUCAGCUCUUCCAACUUUUGCUGUAAUAAUAAGGCAGGAAUAAUAAUAAUAAUAAUAAUAAUAAUAAUAAUAAUAAUAUAUUAUUUUUACCCCGUCCAUCUGACUGGGUUUCCCUAGCCACUCUAGGUGGCUUCCAACAGAACACCAAAAUGCAAUAACCUAUUAAACAUUAAAAGCUUCCCUAAACAGGGCUGCCUUCAGAUGUCUUCUAAAAGUCUGGUAGUUGUUUUUCUCUUUGACAUCUGGUGGGAGGGCGUUCCACAGGGCGGGAAGCAGGUAAAGGCAGUCCCAGGCCCAUGUAGAGUUUAUCUGAGGCCAGGGUUGGAAUAAAGUUAUAAACGCAAACAAAAAAAGUGGUUUGUCCCUGACGGGAGCCCCCCGGCCGGCUUACCCCUCUGUGGCCCAGGGCAAAUGUACUCGGCUGCCCCCCCACCUCUGCAUGGGCCUGGGCAGUCCUGUUUUGGCUGCACAGCCUCAAAAGACACUGAAAGCCAGAAGAUACCGCUGUCUUCCCUGCCCUGGUUGUUUUGAACAGUAGUAUUGAAAACCCUGUACUAAAGUAGCCUGGCAGAGUGUGUCUUGGAAAGGAUAUAGGGAGCAGGAACAGCAAAUUGUUUGAUAUUUUGUCAAGCCCAUGCAUAAGAACAUUAGUGGUUUUGUACUGAUGUUGCAGGUUGAGCUUGUUCUAUUUAGAAUAAGAGGAUGCAAAGGGGAGAGCAUUUUUAUCUCCCUCCUUACAGCGUGCACUAUAAAAAGAAAAAAAAAUUGAUCGCAACCCUACAACUUGGUUUAGCCUUGCAAGCUUCUGCUGUGACUUCACCCAUUCCUCUCCACCUGUGAUAUACAGAGUCGGGAGAGCAGUAUGAAACGGAGAGUGGCUUCCUAAACAGAUUGUCCCCCCUCCCUCCAACUCCUGUUUCAGAAAUACCAACUGAUUGGUUUCCCAGACACAGACCUACAAGAAUUCCUAAAAGAAUGUAACAGUGAAGAAUACAGCACAGAGCCACAAACGUUCAGGAGUUUCUGCUGCUGCAAGAGGUCAGUGUGUUGUUUCUUCAGAUUCCUUUAAAUUCUGCAUACCGUAUUUUUCUCUCUAUAAAACACACUUUUUUCCUCCUAAAAAGUAAGGGGAAAUGUGUGUGCGUCUUAUGGAGCGAAUGCAGGCUGCACAGCUAUCGCUGAAGCCAGAACAGCAAGAGGGAGAGCUGCGCAGCAAUCCCUCUUGCUGUUCUGGCUUCAGGGAUAGCUGCGCAAAGCCUCUUCAGCGAAGUCGGAGCGUUCCUCCUCCCGCUUCGCUGAAGAGGCUUUGCACUGCUCUGCUGAAGCCAGCACAGCAAGAGGGAGAGCUGCACAGCUCCUCUUGUUGUGAUGCCUUAGCUUGAUCCUCCCUCCUCCUUCCUCUUCAACAACAUUUGAUUCAGAAUAUUUUUUUUCUUGUUUUCCUCCUCUGAAAACUAGGUGCGUCUUAUGGAGCGAAAAAUACAUUCUUUGUAAAGAGUUCUUUGUAAAGAGCUUUCAGGUUAAGGUAUCCACCUGGCUUUUCUGCUGUUGUACCUUCUAUGCCAGCUUUUAAACACCUGCUGGAAACUUUAAAUUCCUCCAAGCUUAUGCAAGCAGUUAAGAAUCAUACGAGUUGGAAGGGAGCCAUAAGGGUCAUGUUGUCAAACCACCUGCAAUUCAGGGAUCGCAGCUAAAGUCUCCAUGACAGAAGAGUACAUUCUCCACAGUGGGUUAGUGGUCUUUGUUUUGAACCUUGUUGUUUUUUCAACUUUUUUUGUAUUGUUUUAUCUCACUGUUACAAACUGUUUUGAUAGGUUUGGCUGGUAUAGCGGUAGAUAAAUAUUUAUAAUAAGUAAUAAAACUAUUUGGAAGUGGCUUCUUCUAGCAAUGGAGGGUAAGAAAGGGAUCACAUGCAAAUCUCUCCUCUUGUGGAGCAACUGUGCUAAGGACAUGGCUGCCCACCAGGAAGCUAACAGGUUGUGAGGUGUAUUGUCCAGAAUACCUCUCUUAGUGAUUGCAUAGGAAAAAAAAGGAUUGUUUUCAGUUACAUUUAUUCAGAAUCAUAGAGCCGGAGAGGACCAUGAAGGUCAUCCAGUCCAACCCCCUGCAAUGCAGGAAUCUUUUUGCCCAACAUAGGGCUCAAAACCCAAGACCCUGAAAUUUAAGAGUGGUGUGGCAUCUACUAUUGCUCUAGCACUGGGGCUCCAGGAGCAACUAGGACCAAGCAGCAGAAGGGUUGAAUGGAAGUAAGUGCUGGAUUUCACAUAUGGAACUAACCAGUUUUUCUUCUUCUAAAGUCUUUUAGUCUUGAGUAUUAAUAUUUACAACUUGCCUCCAUCAAGCAAGACUUCCAAACGGCAGCUGAAAAAUGCCACAUUUAAAAUAGCCCCUUCAAUAUCCCUAAAGACAGGCUUCCUCAACCCCGGCCCUCCAGAUGUUUUGAGACAACAAUUCCCAUUAUCCCUGACCACUGGUCCUGCUAGCUAGGGAUCAUGGGAGUUGUAGGCCAAAAACAUCUGGAGGGCCGAGGUUGAGGAAGCUUGCCUAAAGACUAGUUUUCUUUUUUUAAAAAAAAGAAUGGAAAUGCUUAUCAAUACUGAAGCAAUAUUCGACCAUUUUGGAUAACUUUUUAAAUAGCCGCAUAUGGACACGUCCUGUACUUAUUGUCCAAGGACAGCUUGAGGUUAAGGGCAGAGCACACCGGACUUGUUUUCCUGCCCUACUUCUCUCCUUGCAUCUCUCUCUCUCGAGCAUAGCAGUCGUUUGCUGACACCGAACAUGUAUGCGCUAGCCUUGAACUAAAAUAGAGGGCACACAAAUGCCCCCUGGAGAUGCAUGUUGUCCAGUAUUCAGUCUUUGCUGGCUGUCUCUCUUUACACCAAGGUGUCGUGCCAGUCUUUGGCUCCUCAUAGUAGGUGCAUAGCAGGGAAGGUGAAAUAUACUUGGAGUCCUGUAGUGAUUUCAUGCUCUUUGUUGCAGCUUGUAAAACAGUGAUUGAAUUGCCCCCCAAACCUCAGGCUUUUAUAUACAUUAUUUACACAAUGAGUCCCGUCUGACUGGCUGAUUCUGCUUCCCUCCUGGAGCCUGAUUGCUCUUUUCCUGCAGGCCAAUCAGUUGUUGCAUUCUACGAUCCUACCAGCCUAAUAGGCUGGUUAACUUCCUCCUGGAGGCUGACUGGUCUUUUCCUGCAAGCCAAUCAGUUGUUGUAUUCCAGGAUCCUACUUGCCUAUUGUUCUAGGAUCCAAGCUUAGUACAUAACAGAAGGGCUGUGGCUCAAUGGGAGAGGAUCUGCCUUGUAUGCAGGUUUAGUUGCUGGCAGGUAACCUAGUCUGGGGCUGCUGCUACUUGAUGCAGACUACUCCAUGCUACAUAGACCGAUGGCCUGACUGGCAACUUUCCGAUGUUCCACCUGCGAUUCCUGCUGAACAUCUGGAAUGUGUUGUGAGACCCUCUUGCCUCUUUUCAUGAACUCUGGAUGUAGGGAACAUCCAAAGAGAGCUGUAAAUAUAUGAAAAGGGACUGAUGAUAGCAGAGCUUGGGACUCAUCAUUGCCAGGAACUGAUAACUGAGGAGGUUGGAAGCGCAGAAAACAGCUGCAGCUACAGAUUUUAGCGCUUUAUCUUGUCUUUUCAUUAUUAUCCAUCUGAAACGGUGAACUUCUUCUUUCUGCAGACGGAAAAGCGAUGACAACUUGAUACUUAUUAACUGA